AUGGGAUUAAUGUUGGAAAACCAAAUGACAUCGCAGACAUCUAUGGCAGCUACAGAGGAACAGAUAGAAGCAUUGCUGGAGGUUCUUCACUUACUAUCUCUAUUUCUUUAUUUUUCCUGUCCCUAUUUCUUUUAAUUUAUUUACUUAAGUGGCAUUAGAUGUGUAGUUUUUUGUCAAUGACAGAAUAUGAUUGUUGGGCCUUGAGCUUUCAGCUGUUUUGAUCUGUCUGUGCUUUUAAAAGCGCACUCACUUAAGCAUUCUUCUGCGGAUAAUUCGAUUCUUUAGUUCUAAAAAAAAUCUAUGAAGGUGCUUCAUGGUGGAAAAUUUUCAGUGAUAUUCAUGUUUAUCUCAUAUUCUGUUAGGCUUGUAUAAGUCAUUCAUUGCCAUUUUUGGAAACAGGCAGCUAGAUAUGACGAUAUUGAAGAUAUCAUUAGCUUGUCUUCUGUUGGGGUUUCGCUUGAUUCCAAGGACUCUGAAGGAAGGACAGGUCAGAUUUUAACCCAAGCUACUCAACUUGCUGUUUCAAAAUCAAUAGCGUCUCAUAGAUUCUGUCUUUGUCAUCAUCUGCAUUCUGCCAAGUUGAUCGUCUCCACCCCCUUUUUGUACAGUUAAUUUGAUACGAUUAGCAGAAAGGAAGCUAUUACAAUCUCCCAAAAAUGGACGUUAUUUUCUCCAAUUUUCAGGGGGAUAUUUUAUACUUCAUGUUCCUUGCAUCUUUGGCAUUUAGAGCUCAAAAAAGUAAAGUUUGCUGGUUAGAUUUAUGUAUAUAUCACUGCUGACAUUCCUAGUAUGAUACCACACUAUAGUAAGUUCACUUUGCCCCCCUUUUUUUGUUUAGAUCGCCAAAUUCCUCUUUCCUUCUUCAUAGUGUGAGCCUAGAAUACCGAAUACUUCCAUUGCAAUGACACAUCAGACUGUGUUAAUGGCAAUGAAAUACCAAUCUAGCAUCUUAAGUCCGAUGAAUUGCCAUUUUCGUCCUUGUACCUUGUGCCCCUGAGCAAGUGAAUGGGUUGACCUCUGCUCCUGGACUUCAUCAUGUUGACCUUGUUUAUAAUUUCAUUCGUUUUUGGAGAUGAACUUUUUUUGUUCCUUAAAAGUUUACAGGCUAUCCUCCAUUUCUUCAAAUGUUAGUGUUCGCUCUCUGUAUGACGAUGUGUUCUUGCUCUUUCCAGCGCUUCACAUGGCUGCUGCUAAUGGGCACCUUCAAAUUGUGGAGUACCUGAUCAGUAAUGGCGCAGUAAGCAGUUAUCCGUUGACCUCUCUUCCCACUUUAUUAAUGCGUGGCUUCAUGAACUGGGAUGCCCGUUGACUCAUUGGUAUCUGGCAUUUUGUACACAGACUAACAAAUAUGAGGCAUAUAUACUUUAGUUUGCCGACUCAAUAAUCAACAUAGAUUACAGGCUCAGAUGUUAUCCCAAGACUUAAACAUUAGAAAGUUUCUUAUUACUUCGUAAUAAACGCAAUCUUUAACCCUUUUCCUGCCAUGCAAGUUCCCAUAUGCUUGGUCAACAUGAUCUUCAUUCCAUGAAACCUUGGAAGGAAUUGUAUUCCGGGAGCAGGAAGCAGCAGCCGGAAGAUAAACUUCACUCUUACUGUCUAACUAUAUCGGUGGCUGCCCCUAGGUUUACAAUAGUCAACGCUUCACUUGAUUAGGUGAGCUCAAAGGGGGAGGGGUGGUGGAUUCCACUGAUUAGGAAAUGCAAAGGAUUAUUUUCAUAAUUGGAUGAAAUCGCUCGCUUAGACAAUGACUUGCUUGCUUCUACCCCAGAAUCCAAUGCCUGAAACACUCUGGAUAUAUCUGAUCCGGCCUUGCUCUUCAGGCUGUGGACAGCAUGUUCUUCCUCUGUACAUUUCUUUCCAAUUAUGAUGGGUAAAACCUUGGAAUUAUUCAAAAAAUUAGACGCCCACUGGAAGAUCAUUCUGUCAGUAGGUGUAUUGGGUCACUUAAACUCGUGUGAUUUUCCAUAAAAUAUGUUCUUGCAGGAUCCCAAUGUCUCCAACUCUGAGAACAACACCCCUCUUCAUUGGGCUUGCUUGAAUGGCCACACUGAGGUGAUCCCCCCUGUGCCCUAAUAUCCGCAAGGCUCCCAUCUUAGUUGAGUGGAUGAGCGAAAAUAUUUCAAUCUCCAGGUUGUGAAGGCAUUGAUCAUCUGUGGCGCCGACGUCAGCCGACUGAACCGGUAGGCUCCCCUCCCCUUCUGGGCUCUUGCCAACUUUUUGACCCGUUGACUUUUCCUGCGGCAGCUUCGAGCGAUCGCCAGUUGACGAGGCUGUGAUGAGGGGGAGGCUGGAGGUGAUCGAUGCGGUCAACGCGGCAGUAGCGCAGCGGGAGCUUGAUGGUGUUCAGGUAUCUUGA